GAAGAGAGAAAAAGGGCACUUCGCUGCUCCCCCGUCGCCGGCUCCGCCGCCCUAAUUGCCGCUCCUUCCUACUCCGCUUUCCCUUAUCUCCCCUCCUCUCCGGCGGGUUCCGACCCCUCCGGCUUGAAGCCGUGAGAGGCUUCUGCAUCCUUUUCCUCAGAUUUUCAGAGAUGAUGAAGCCAUGCAUCCACAUAUGAGACAUUUUUAGACGGAAAGAGAGACUGGAAGAAAUAGUAGCUUGAGAUGGAGGGGGUGCCAGAUUCACAGGUCACCAGGGUCUUCAUUGGCGGUUUAAGUGCUAGCGUAACAUCUGCUGACAUCGAGAAGACAUUUGCCUCACUUGGCAGAGUGAACAAUGUGGAAUUUGUCCGUAGUAUUGACCGGAGCUUUGCCUUCAUGGAAUUUGAGCCCAACUCUGAUAAAGCUCUGGCAAAGCUUUUUGCAACCUAUAAUGGAUGUACUUGGAAAGGAGGGAAGCUUAGACUUGAAAAGGCUAAAGAGCAUUACCUUGCUCGCUUGAAACGAGAGUGGGCAGAAGAUGUAAACCUAGCAACAACAGUUCAUCUUGAUAUGAAGAAAGAUGCAGAACACCUGAAAAUGUCAGAAUGUUUGGACCAGGAGAAGAUGCAGUUUCGAAUUUUCUUUCCAAAAUUGAGAAAGGUGAAGAUAUUGCCAUUUAAAGGAACAGGCAAACACAAGUACAGUUUCCAGCGCACUGAAGUUCCUCCUCUCCCACUUCAUUUCUGUGACUGUGAGGAACAUUACGAGUUGUCCAAAACAGUGGGCCAAGAUUAUCUUUCUUCUCUGAACAAAGCGGCAUAUGAGAAAGAGCGAAGUAUUAUGACUUCUGUGAUGAAUAAGCUUUUUCAAAAGGAAGAAACCGAGAUAUCUGCAUCUGGAAUGAUCAAAUUAGCUGAAAAUGAAAACACUAUGGACCCCUCUAAUAAUGACAUUCAGGUGAAAGAAACAGAGGAAAUUCAGGAGGCAGAUGCAGACAAUCUAGUGACCAACAUUGGGAUGGGGCAAAGCGGUGACAUGCUAGCACAGUUAAGAGGAAGGGAAACACUGUUGGUAAACCAGGAAUCGAGAUUGGCCAAGCUCAAACCAUUUAAAAAUAAAUUAAUGCGAAAUAAGGCACAUUCUCAGAAACAGCAGAAAACUGCAUUAUCUGGUGCUUCGGAAGUUGUGUUGAACCAAGAAUCUGGUCCAAUGGUGGCUGGCAAAACCGCUGAAGAUGAAUUCACUUCGAUACUGCCUAGAAAUAAAAUCCCAGAGGGCCACCAAGAAUUGGAGACUGUUACAGAAGCUCCGGUUCUCAACAGCCAAAUGGAAGUGGAAAGAAGUACUGUUGAAUCAACAAGAAGUAACUCGUGGAUACAGAAAUCCUCAUGGAAAGAUCUUGUUGGUGGGUUGGGCAACAACUCAUUCAGCAUAUCAAAUGUAUUGCCAGGCAUCAGUUCACUGGAAACAAAGCUGCCAAAUGCUAGCGGCCCGGACACAAUCACUUCUGCUGCAAAGAAGAGGAAGGUUCAGACUGAAGUAGAGGGUUCCAAGUCCUUGGAAGUUAAGCGAGACAUCCAACAAAAGCAGGAUGUUGCACCUGAUCUUGUUGAGUUGCCAAGGAAGGGAGAUCGGAACAAAGCAGUUGUGGAAGAUGGAACUGGAGAACCUCAGGAAAAUGGCCAACAGCAACACAAGAGGACUAUUCCAAAAGUCAAUAUUGGUGAAGUUUGCACUUUCAUGAGGAGUGCUGAGUCCGAGAAGCAGUGGACAAAGGCCAAAUCCGCUCUGAGUAGGUACCUCAAGAAGAAAAGUAACGGGAACAAGGAUUCUAAGCUGUUGAAACGCAUGUCAACUCAUGGGAAAUGACAGAGACAAUGAUAUCGGUAAUUACAGGCUCACCAGCGGAAUCUAAUUUAGGAAUAGGUGGAGUGAUUUGUUCUUGAUUUUUAGUCAUUUAAAAAGGCUUUUCCCCCCCUCAUUCCAAUGUCCAUAUACUUGUAUUGAUGGCAAAGUAUUUACAUCAGAGGAAUAUUUAUUUGGAUGCAUCUUUUUCUGUUAACUAUAAUCAGUGUUGAAACAGACUCGGACUGGAUCAACAAAACAGAAACUUGGCUCAGCAUGGCCCUUUUUGCUACUGCGGUAUUGUUUGAGGGAUAUAUUUUCCUUUAUGGUUGAUGUGUAUUUGAGCUCA